UCUCUCUCUCUCUCUCUCUCUCUCUCUCAUGAUCGAUCGAUCGAUCGAUCGAUGAUAAAGAAGGAGAAGAACACGACGAAGAGAAAGUAACAAACCAAACCCUAGAAACCCUUUUCGUCGUGGGGCGACAAAACCCUAACCCUAGAAUCGCCCCUUCCUCUUCCCUUCCCCCUCUUCUUCUUCUUCUUCCUCCGACGGCGACGAAUCCUAACCCUAAGGAGUUCUUCUCCGGCGAAAACCCUAGCCGGGCAUGGCGGUGGAGGGCCAGGAUAAGGUGAUCGCGGCGGCGCAGCACAUCGUCAAGAGCCUCGCCACCUCCAAGAACGCCGCCGACGACAUGAUCCGCAUCCUCUCCCGCUUCGACAACCGCCUCUCCUCCAUCCACGACCUCUUCCCCCCUCCCCCCUCCUCCUCCUCCUCCUCGCCCCUGCCCCCCGCCGCGGCGGCGGCGGCGGCGGCGGUGGAGGUGAUACUCCGGUGGGACGCCUCCCCCGACGCGCUCGUGUGGGACGCCUCCCCGGAGGCCGCCGCGGAGUACCUCGCCGCCGUCGACGCCGCCACCGCCGCCGAGGGCGGCGGCGGAGCCGACGCCGUUGUGCAGCUCGCCAUGGCGCGGCUCGAGGACGAGUUCCAGCACCUCAUGGUCCGGAGCACCGUCCCCCUCGACGCCAACGGGCUCUCCUGCUCCAUCCGGCGCCUCUCCCUCUCCUUCGGCUCCGACGGCGGCGAGUCCCCCGUCGCGGACGACCUCGACAGCUCCGCGGAGUUCGAUCAGCAGCACCCGCCUCUGCCGCGCAGCGGGAGCGUUGGAGAGAGCGCCAAUUUCGACGAUCAGAACGCCGAGCUCGUCCGCCCCGAGGCCAUCUCCGAUCUGAAGGAGAUCGCCGACCGCAUGAUCCGUGCCAGAUACGGAAGAGAGCUCGGGCAGGUUUACACCAGUGUGCGGCGAGACAUCCUCGAUGAGUGCCUCUCUAUCCUAGGGGUGGAUAGGAUGAGCAUCGAGGAGGUACAAAGGUUGGAGUGGAAGUAUCUUGAUGAGAAGAUGAAGAAGUGGAUUCAGGGCCUAAAACUGGUCAUUAGGGUCCUCCUCUCGGGCGAGAGGCGACUCUGCGACCAAAUCUUUGCCUCCGAUGACGAUUUGAGAGAGGAGUGCUUCGUCGAGACGACGAAGGGUUGUGUUAUGCAAUUACUAAACUUUGGGGAUGCAAUUGCCAUUUGCCCGAGAUCUUCGGAGAAGCUUUUCCGUAUACUAGACAUGUAUGAGGCACUCGCUGACGUUAUGCCGAACUUGAGGGCGUUGUUCUCGUCGGAUGACUUCAUUUGUGGGGAGGCCGAAGGGACUCUGAGCAGGUUGGGUGAUGCCGUUCUGGGCACUCUUCUUGAAUUUGGGAACGCGGUUCGGAGAGAAACUUCUCGAAGACCAAUGCAGGCAGGUGAGAUCCACCCCAUCACUCGAUACGUGAUGAAUUACUUGAGAUUGUUAGUUGUUUACAGCGAGACAUUAGAUUUGUUGCUAAAUGAUAGUGGAGUGGUCGGUGUUGAUGGCAACCAUAAUGAGUUGGUUGAUUCUGAUGACAUUCAAAAUUUGGGGAGUAUGACUCCGUUCGGGCGAAGGUUAUUUACGUUGAUCUCUUAUUUGGAGACUAAUCUUGAAGAAAAAUCGAAGCUUUAUGAAGAUGGCGCGAUGGGGUACAUAUUUUUGAUGAACAAUAUACUAUAUAUUUUCAACAAAGUGAACGAUUCCGAACUCGGGAGGAUUUUAGGGGACAAUUGGAUACGUAGACGCCGUGGGAAAAUACGACAAUACUCGACGAGCUACCUUAGGAUUUCAUGGACAAAAACUUUAUCUUAUUUGAGGGACGAUGGAUUCGGAAGUGGGAGUGGGAGCGGGAGCUCUCAUGGUAGUGGUUCUAGGAUGACUCUUAAGGACAGGUUCAGGAGCUUUAACUUGGCGUUUGAAGAAAUAUAUAGAACUCAGACAACUUGGAAGGUUCCGGAUGUUCAGCUAAGAGAAGAGCUGAAGAUAUCUAUAUCGGAAAAGGUGAUACCAGCAUACCGCUUCUUUAUGGGGAGAUUUGGUGGCCAAUUAGAUGGGGGAAGGCAUGCGACAAGAUACAUAAAAUAUACAGCGGAGGAUUUGGAGAACAAUAUUUCUGAUUUGUUCGAAGGAUUGCCUGGCUUGACAAACCAUCCCAGGAGAAGAGUUUAGUCGAUGAGCUCGCUUUGCAGGUAAGUGCAUGUCACAUACAGGGCCAUUUAUCUAGUUUUUACUUUAAAACUUGAUAAAUUUAAUGACUCGAUCCUUGGUAGAUGUUGUAUCCCUAUAGGAUUGCAAAGGAUCUCUAAACUUUUUCGACCAUGACUUGGGUAUAUAUAUAUAUAUACACUGUAAUAAUGUUAUGCGUGUAUGUAGUAAUAAUGUUGUACAUGUAUAAUGCUUCUAACAUAUGUGUAUCUAUUUUAUACCUGCUCAAUGAAUUACAUUUGUCUUGGGUAACUGGUA